CGUGGUCACGUGAGCGGUCAGCUGAUCCGCAGCACAUCCGCCCGUCUCUGCCGCUUCUGUUUACAUCCAGAGACUCACACAGAGAGAGACCGAGGACCGCAGCAGCAUGUCCAGCCCUGCCUGAUCUGUGACAGAAUCAGCUCUUUAUCUGAGUGUUGGCUGGAGUCACAAGGCUGUCACAGUGCGGGUGGGUGGGUGGCAGUCAUGCAGCACCCAAACUUCGAGACGCGUCAUCCUUUGCAGUCGGAGGAGCAGGAGACAGGCUUCGACCCCCUCCACAACUUUAACAAGAACCGCAGCCGAGGAGGGAGUCUGGAGAGUAGUUCACAGCCCCCGCCUCAGUCCACCUUCCAGUCAUACAGGAAGGAGUGGGACGAGCUUUUCGUUCACAGUAAUUACCUGGCCCGGAUCAGACAGACGGGCAUCACCGGGCAACUGAGGGGCAGCCGCUUCAGGAGCGUAUGCUGGAAGUUGUAUUUGGAGGCACUUCCAGAGGACAAGAGUCAGUGGAUCAACAAAACCAAGGAACUACGAGGGCAGUAUGAGAAGAUUAAAGAGACGCACAUCACUAACCCUCGUAAAGCUGCGGGCCAGCAGGACCUGGUGGUCAACAACCCUCUGUCCCAGGAUGAAGGGAGCUUGUGGAACAAGUUCUUCCAGGACAAAGAGCUGAAGGGCAUGAUCAAACAGGAUGUGCUCAGAACGUUCCCGGAGAUCAGAUAUUUCCAGGAUGAGGACGUGAGGACCAAACUGACAGACAUCCUGUUCUGUUAUGCCCGAGAGAACGAACAACUGCUUUAUAAACAAGGUAUGCAUGAGUUACUGGCUCCCAUAGUGUUUGUGCUGCACUGUGACCAUCAAGCCUUCCAGCACGCCAGUGAGACGGCUACACCCAGUGAGGAGAUGAAGUGUCUGUUAAACCCAGAGUACCUCGAACAUGAUGCCUAUGCCAUGUUCUCUCAGCUCAUGGACACCGCAGAGCCCUGGUUCUCCAGCUUCGAAAGAGAAGUCCGGAAGGGCAAAGAGGAGAUGUUGACCAGCAUCCCGUUCGCUCGGCCCCAGGACUCGGGGCCCUCUGUUGCCAUAGUGACCAAAGUAAACCGUAUCCAGGACCAGCUGGUGAAAAAGCAUGACGUGGAGCUGCACAUGCAUCUGAACAGACUGGAAAUCGCCCCUCAGAUCUACGGCAUUCGGUGGGUGCGUCUGCUGUUUGGUCGGGAGUUCCCCUUACAGGACCUGCUGGUGGUGUGGGACGCCCUGUUUGCAGACAGCAUCACUCUGGACCUGGUCGAUUACAUCUUUGUGGCCAUGCUGCUCUACAUCCGAGAUGCACUGAUUGCCAGUAACUUCCAAACAUGCCUGGGCCUGCUCAUGCACUACCCCCCCAUCGGAGACAUCAAUGCUCUGCUGCAGAAGGCUCUGUUCCUAAGAGACCCCAAAAAUCACCCUCGACCAGUCAACUACCAGUUUCAACAGAACCUGGACUACUACAACACCAGAGGAGCCGACCUCAUGAACAAAACACGGACCAGUGUUAAACCAGCUCCUCUCAACAUCAACAAGGUCUCCAGCAGUCUGCUCAACUUCGGCAGGAAGCUCAUCGCCCCGGCCAUGUCUGGAGGGGCAGGGAACUUCCAGCCAAUCAACGCAGAGGUGCAAGCGUCCACGGCCACCUCCCCCACCAGGACACGGCCACCCUCUAUCCCUCACCCGUUGGCCGAUCCUACACCCGGCCCGGCCCCUCUGCCCAGCCAGAGCCAUGGGCCGAACCAGCACUACAGAAUGCUCAAGUCUGAGAGCAUGCCAGUGCAGCUUAGCAAAGACUCUGCUCCUGCUGGGGUACCACAGGUGCCUCUGUCAGCCCAGACCCACACUGAUGCUCCAGGCCCGGGCUCCCAGGUAGUCAGCUCGUCCCCCAGCGUGGAGAGCCUGUCGGGGAAGGCUCAGUGCAGUGCCUCCCCUCCCCUCCACGCCUCCAGGGGUAGUGAUGUGAACACCGCCUCCCCUCCACUGUCCGCCUCCAAGAAAGAGUCCUUCUUCAGCAUCACACGCUCCCGCUCCCAUAGCAAGAGCAUGGGCCGCAGAGACACAGAGGAGGACCUGGAGGCACAGGUCUCUUUUCUUCAAGGCCAAAUCAACGACCUAGAGGCCAUGAGCAAGUACUGUGCCCGCAUGAUGAACACGCACAUCUGUAAAAUCCAGGACGUGAUUCUUCAGGAACACCUGCAGAAGGAGGACGAGGUGCUGGUGUCUCUGGCUGGACUCAAACAGAUCAAAGACAUCCUGAAGGGCGCGCUGCGCUUCAACCAGAGCCUGCUGGAGGCUGAGGAGAAUGAGGAGAUCACCAUCGCCGACGACCACUACACCUCCACCGCAGAGACCGCCCUCCAUGGCAACAGUCACCACAGCAACCAGCUCCGCCCACAGCCACACCCACAGGCCCGUCCACACACUCGAGCGCACCCCGACUCAGAUCUGGAGGGCAGCAUGAGUACGGAGGAGAGGGAGGAGGAGGCACAGACCCCCCCGGAGCAGCAGGUGGCGUCCUCCCUGGGCUCGGACGCCGGGCGGAGCUGGGGCGACUACAUCCUGGUUUCGCAGGACGAGGAGCUCCAGGGGGGAGGAACCGCCAUCCGGAGGGGGCGGGGCCUGGUGCGCCUGGAACCAGAGGGCUCUGCGGCGACCUUCCAUGACCCCCUGACAACCGGCAGCCCGUCAGGGUCCUCCAGUCCCGACGAGGAGGGCUCCACCAACAGCAAGGACUCGGACUUCACCAUGGUCAAUCCGGGUGACCUGUGAGGGGGGAAGGGAGGAGGAGGAGGAGGAGGAGGAGGGGGGGAGGGGCUGAAUCUUGCACAUUCGGACUAUGACACUUUGACCCAAACUCCACUGUCUCACCCGUGCCAUGUGUGUCUGCGCUACAUAUGAAUGAAAUGCACUGUCCUACCACUGAGCAGGAGGCAAAUAUGAUUAUUAUUAUUAUGCCUUUAACUUGAACAAUUUGAGGAAAAUGGUUAAUUGCGAUUUUUCUGACAAACAUAAUGAGACGAUUCACAAUUUUGUUUUAAUAGGAUUCGGUUCAAGGUUCACAUUUUAAAGUGAGACUAAAUGGCUAAACUCCAACCAUAACCACAUUUAAAAUAGAGCUGCUAAACUGGGCAGUACCUGGAGGACUAAAGGGGAGAGUGGGGGAGGAGGGGUCUGGACAUAUAAGGAACAGUGUGAUUGGUCUAACAGGUAUCCGCACUUCAAACUCUGCCCGUACAGCCAGGUGUUUACCAUCAUAAACACCUGGCUGUAAUCAGAGUGUGAUGUGAUGUCACCAACUACAUGAAAUUGCUUUGGUCACUGGAGCCAGGACACACCAAUUUUUCAAAAAUUUUUAUCACAAAGCUGCAAAAAAUACCAAAAAAAGACUAGAACUGGGACAGCUGACAAUCCUGUUCAAACACCGUAUACACAGUUUAGUGGCAAAAAUAUAUAUAUGAUUCAUUGUUUAGUUCCACUUUAACUUUGGGAAAAAUCUAAUUGCGAUUUUUCUGACAAAUAUUUCAAUUAGAUUUGCAAUUCUUUUCAAGUUUUACAUUUUUAAGACAGAGAAUAUGAACCGACAAACUAAUACAAGAAUCACAUUUCAGAACAUGUUCAUACAGAUGUAAAUUACAGGGUUAACGCAGAAUGAGAUGGGAUAUUUUGUUGUUUUGCUAUUUUUGAAGUACCAUCAUUUCCUCCGCGGUCUUUACGAUUGGCCAAUCCUGUCCAUUCAAAUUCUGAUUUUGAUUCAAUUGUGGUUAAUUUUGCAGCCCUAAUUUAACUAAUGGUGUCAUGAUUAAUCAAAAUGAUCUUGAUUAAUCAAGUACUGAAGUAAUCGUGGUCUACUUGUUGAAUACUUGUUGUUUUCUGGAUCAUAAACUAUAAAGCAUUUUUUUAUCAUAAAAACAAUACCAUUAUUCAAUCAAAAUGAAACAUGAAUAAUAUUUAUAUUUUGUGAUUUUAUUUUAUUUAUUUUUUUUUUUAAGAAAAAUGCACUUAAUUUGUAAAUACUUUCAACAGUACUAUAGACAAGGCUUCAGUUAGCAUAUAUUAAGAUUCAAUCACUAAGGAGUAAUACUUGAUAAUACAGAAUUUUGAUAGGACUAGUCAUGAUACUAAAAUUUAAAACUCGAGUUGGCAAUAGUAUCGAUCAGAUACCAAUCAAUACUAAAACUCUAAACUAGAUACUCAUUUGAGCAGGUAUCGAUACAAAAAAAACCUCACAUUGAUAGAACAGAAAUGAACCUUUCCUGAAUCGAUUUAGAAUGAUUUUGAGCUGUAUCAGAACAAUUAUAAGACACAUAGACUAAUAUACACCCAUGGACCACUAUGGAACCUGCCUGGACGACUGAGGGAUUACACAGAUUUAAGGCCACAUGGGAAUAGAAAAAGUACUCCCAUUUAAUGUUGAAAAUCACAUUCUGUUGUCUAAAGAAAGAGCAUUUUUAUCAUCGUGGUAUCAAAAUCAGUAUUGAGUAUCGAGAAUAUUCCUUAGUGUCAAAAUCAAGUUGUUUCCUAUGAUGACCUUAGUACCUUAAAAGUGGAUAUUUUCCUCCUCUCAGUGGCUUAACAGCUUCUACUGUCUGUCUGCCAUGUUCAAACCUCCAUUUUACAAACUGUUCUGCCGUUACCUGCAGAUAGGAGGCGCUCUUGGUUUACUCACUACAUAAACUAUGACUGUGACUGUAUUAAACGUUAUAUUUUUGUGUGUGGAUGAUUUAAAGCUGUUUCUGUUAACAGCGCAGUGCCUCCAUCUCUCUCAAGCCAAACCAAACCUAAACCUGUGAUCAGUUGUUUCCUUUGUUACAUUUACUUAAGUUUGUUUUGUUUUUUAUAUAUAUAUAUAUCAAAUCUUUUAACCUUUAGGUGUUUUUUUUGUUGUUUUUUUAGUUUCAGAGAAUGAUUAAAUUAUGGACUGUUCUGUUCUUUGUCGAAUCCUUUUAAAUGUGAUGUUUUGUUUUAGUUCAUGUUAUAUAGGAGAUGUAUGAUUAUAAACUGUAACAUAAAU